AUGUGCUUCACGGAGUACGUGGGCUACACUUGUGGCCACACCAGCCAACAUGUGAAGCGCCCUUGCCCCAUGACGACUCAGAGUCCGAACUUCCCCUGCUGCCCUACUGGUGCCAUGCGCCCCUUCUUCGCUCAGAGCAUGUGUCCCGCCUGCACCCGAAUCAUGCACGGUCGCUUCGUCGACGUUGUCAUUUACGAGCACCGCUUCAUGCAUGAGCGUGGUGCCUGCGCUUGCGCUGUCAAGUUCCCUCCCCUAGUCCGUCCGCGCCCUCUCUUACCUAUCAAUCCCCUUCCUCCUACCGAGAGCACACCAGCUGCUCCGGGUACAAACAAUUCUUCGGGCCCAACUGAAGCUCAGGGCACACCUGAUGCUGAGGGCAAAGAUAGCCGCCUAUCUGCGCUCGCGCCGGCUUUCGUGCCUACCUCUACCAAUGAUCAAUCCACUGAACCUGCUAACCAGGAUACUAGCGACUCUGCUGAAGCAGACCAAGACGCCGACAUGGCAUACACUAAGAAGAACACGCGCCGCAACAGGCCCUACCACUACGCGCAGAAUUCCGGUCGCGGAAACUCGCGCAACGAUGGCAAUGGUCAAGAGCAAGGCCACAACGACCAGCAGCAGGAGCAGCUGCAGCAACAGCCAGUACAAGAGCCACAAGAGCAGAAUGGAUACGCAGCCGCGGCCCCCGAAGAAGUUCGCGGCCGAUCUCUCGUUCGAUCUCCCCUACCGACGAACGAGCAGCGACCCCAGAACAUGGGCCCAGGAGCAAACAACCAUCGCGCCAACGGGAACUUCACUGGCCCCACCCACAUGAAGAGCCAAUAUGGCGCCGAGUGGACCGCCGAGCACGCCCGCCUGCACCGCGAGGGCCGCUGCAGAUGCGAGACUCUAUUCCAGCAUUAUGCUCCCAACUACCCUGCCGGCAUGCCGCCACAGCAGACACCCAAUCGUGGCGGCAACAGCUGUUUGCCCGCGACUCCGAAGAAUAGAGGCGGUAGUUACAAGGAAAAGGGCCGAGGUCAGGGUCGACGCUACCCAGACCACCAACCUAGAAAGAACAAUAGGGACAAUCGGGGGCUCUUCAGUCCUCAAACCCCCUUCCGCCGCGCGCCGCCCUUCAGCCCGGCCCAUCUCUUCACCCCCGCGGCUCCUGUCACCCCCAUGGGCCGCGGAGGCUUUUCUAAUAUGCACAGCGCCCCUCCUCCGUACCCAUUCCACGGACAGCACAGCACCGGCAGCCACGGCCACGGCCAUGCCCAGAUGAACUAUGGCCACGAGCAGGGCCCCACUCCCAACUAUGCUCCCCCAUCCAACUAUGGCCCACCUCACAGCUACGGCCCUCCUCAAACCUAUAUCCCCCCCUUUAACGGCCAAUUCGAUUACAGUGCAGGAAAUAUGGGCCAGAUCCUCAACACGUACCCCGGAGGAGAGCACGCUCCCCAGCAUGGAGCCCAACUAAACGACCCUUCGAUCCUGCAUGCGGAGCCCCAACAAGGAUAUGGCCCUGCCCCCCAUGCCAUCGAGCCGCAGUAUAAUAACCACGGCCACGCCCCCCAGGGUCUCGUCGGCUACCCCAUCCCUCAGGGUUCUCUCGGCCACCCCUACGCCCAACAAGCGCCCUACGCCCAGCAGGCGCCCUAUUACCAGCCGCAGGCUCUUUACCAACAACAAGCGCCCUACUACCAGCAGCAGGCCCCCUACUCCCAGCAAGCGCCCCACCAACAGCAGCCGGCGCCCGCCACCCCCCAGCACCCCCCAACCGACCACGCCGCGCGCUGGGCCCAGCCGCCGUACAACGGCAUCGUCAUAGCGAACGGCAGCUUCGCGACAACCGGCCCCGGCACCGCGCGCCCCACCAACUACCCGACGACCUCCUACCACCCGCAGCCCACCACGCCCACCUAUGCCGCCGAGCAGGAGGGAGGCAACGACAACAGCCACAACUCCUCCUCUUCGUCUCCGCCGAUCGCAGGCUUGCCGGUGGGCGCCGGUCCCGAAGGAGACUCCCAUGUGCCGGAUUUCGAGGACUGCGAGUCGUUCUAUCCGAAGCUGCCGAAGCACAUCCGGUUCGCCUCGGUCUAACGGACGUGCGUGCUAAAUCCAUCCAAAAAAAAAUCUACGGGAUAGUUGAGUCUAGUCUCGGCUGAUGGAAAGGAUACGAAUACGCGGGUUAUCUGACGAAGAAAGGGGGGAAGGGGAGAUUGAAUUAAGGAUUUGGGCACGGGCGAGGAGGAAGGAAGGAAGCAGGAAACAGAAAGUGCGCACUGUUAAGAAGUCGCGACACCACACGAAGAAGACGAAGAAGAAACGAGAAACGAGAACCGACGAUACGAUCCUUGCUUAGGUAUCCUUCCUCCAAUGAGCUGACCAAAACCCCACGCGCAACCCCGAAAAGAACGAAGAACGAAGAACGAAGAAAUAACCGCGAUACCGUACCGAGACUAUCUCGACUCUUACCGUAUGAUUUGAGGAUUAUGAAAAAACCAAAAAAAAAAAUUGCGAUGCUUUACUUACAUAUUGCUGGCUGGUUCGAGGAUUCUUGGUGCUGCGAAAAAAUCAAGUAAGUCAACCUCUCUCCUCUUCUAACCCAUCACCCUACAACACUAUCACUUGAAGACUUGACCCAGGGCCCUGAACUGACCACACUCGAUCAAUCACAGAAAACACCAAAAAAAAAUACCAUCCAGGGGACGAAGGUGGUACGAGGAGGAUCAAGGAAAGUAAGCAGCACCAGAUAGAGCAUUCAGUCGAG